UUCUACGCCAUUACGGGUGCGAUUUUCAUCCAACCCUUCUUCUUUAGCAGUCUUCACAACCUUCCCACUGCCACCCAAAAGCCAAUUUGGGCAAGAUUAUUAAAAGAACCCACUGGCCGUGAUCUUGCAAGAUUUCACGAACAGGCUUCCACCAGUCAGCUCAUCCGAUACUUUGGCGUCCUGAACUCCGAGCGAGUGCUUCUCAUGGACCCGAAAGACAUCAAACAAGUCAUGGAUGCAGAGGCUUACGAGUUCGGUCGUUCAUACCUCAUUCGCCGCCUCUUAUCUCCAGCCCUAGGCAAAACAAGUUUGGUGGUGACCGAUGGGCCAGACCACAUGCGUUGCAGAAAGAUUGUGGACGCAGACUUCUAUACUCAACAUGAGAACGCUCGCUUACUUGUGGAGGAUGUUACAACCAGCAGUACUGACCGCGAUGGGCAACCGUUGGGCCCAGACAAUGCUAUCGAGGUUCUCAAGUGGCUCGAGAGAGCUACUUUUCGGAUCAACAUUCUUGAUACUGCGAUUAAGUCGGAGGACCUCAGUGAUGAAGAGAUCUUGGAUUUGUGUACGACCUUCCUGGCCACAGGUUACAGAACAGUCUCUGUCGCACUUGCGUGGGCCAUCUACCAUCUCUCGACUAGACCUGGUGUGCAAGCCUUGUUACGUACAGAAGUCCGCGCCAACUUCCCUGCGCCAGAUCAAAGUGGUGCACUACCGUUGGCAUCCGACCUGUUGCAGAAGAUGCCGGUUCUAGCAGCUGUCUGUGAUGAAACUCUGCGGUUCUCUCCUUUGGCUGCACUCACAUACAGAGAAGUGCGGACCGACACGCUACUUUCUGGAUCUAAUCAGAUCAUUCCAGAAGGCACAAUACUUGCAAUCUCGCCUUGGGCCAUCCACAGAUCACCAAUCUACUGGCGAAGUGGAGAUCCAACAAGCGAACCCUCGACUGCUUCUCGCACAGCAAUACCCAGUCCCUCUACUUGGGACAUGACGCGUUGGUUAUCAGACAAGAAAGGAGGAGCGAGGAUGCAGUGUUCGUUUAUGCCCUUCGGACGAGGACCACGAUGCUGUAUCGCGGAGGCCUUUGCUCGAGAUGAGAUGAUGAUUCUGCUUGCCGCGCUCGUAGGCAUAUUCGAUUUAUCCUUUCACUCCAGCGGUCGCGACCAUGACCCAAGACCUGAAGAGCUGAGAGUUUCGUUCGGUGUGGUAACCGAGCCUGUGAUGCUGAUAGUACGGGCGCAGCCAGUGUUCGGAUGG